AUGUCUUCUUUUCCCAUUCAUUGGGCUACGACGGCCGCGAGAAUGAAGGCCGCACCCCCAAACAUUAGACCCAAGAUCCCGGCCCAAAACACCACGACUCUGAACAGAAACCGAUUCAACAUCAUUCCUGAUACCAAGACCAGAAGGGACCGCCUUCUCCACCCGCAAAACGGCCUUCUUCCGCGUCUUCCCCAUCUCGAUGCCUCAUCACUAUCAACCACCCGCCUCCACCCAUCCUUCUUAUUCCUCUCAUCCAUGCCCGCUAUCGAACCUCUGUUAUCUACUACCGGCACUGGCGACAUUCAGCGCGAGUGCAUCAAGGCGAACAAAGCCCUACCCCCCUUCACCGUUCUGAUGCUUCAGUAUCAGGCACUUUCAGCUUCGAAUAUGAUUGUUCGCAUGAAGAACAGGCUUCGUGAGAGCAAGCGCAACGAUGACCACCUGGUCAGUGGCAACGGCAAAGGAGACGGUGACGAGGAGUGCGCAGAGGAAAACAACAGGGACAAUGACAAUAGGGAAAUGGAGGAUUAG